AUGGCAGCAAAGCAAUUAAUGUCUCCCCCUGACGUCCCCGUCAACCUCGUCCGGGCCAAAGCUGGUGAUAUCUUCAUGCUGGGAACUGUUCAAAUUCGUGUGAUGGAAGACGGCAGCAACACUCACGACCGACUUGGUACUGCUGAGUUCAUUGUCCCUCCUAACACAGAAGGGCCACCAAAGCAUUGGCAUGAAAUGCAUGACGAGACAUUUCUAGUCCUCUCUGGAAAGAUGCGGUUCUUUGUGAAGGAUGGUGGCAUUGUAGACUGCACCGAGGGUGACUAUGUAACUGUCCCGGUCAGAUCGGUCCACACUUGGGGCACUUUAGAUGAAGGAUGCAAAUUUCUGAACACAUUCACACCUGCUUAUUAUAUCAAUUACUUCAAGCUACUUAGUCAGAUGGCGGAGGCAGGGAAGCCUAUGGACAAGGAGAUUAACGCAAAGGCUAUGACAUACUUCGCAACGAUUGGUGUGGAUUAG